GGGAGGGUCUUCAGUCAGCUGUCGUGUGUCGCCGAGCACUUUCUGGACUUUGUAGACCGGUAAAUCACAUAUAAACCAUUGGAAAGAGCACUUAAAUCGUCAGUAAACUUCUAGAACUCCUACAUGACCCCAGUGGUACGAGUAAACUUAGGUGCGUAAUCACGCGCCUGGAUACUUAAUUGCGGCAAGUUUUUGAAACGGAACUAGUUUUGCGCUGUUUUAAUAACUUAGUUUCGUACUUCUGACAGGAACGCGACAUUUUAAACAAGAAAAGUUACAUAAAUACAUUUUUCCCACCAAGUUUCACCAUGGCAGAAGGGGAUUACUACACUAUGGGCAACCGACAGAGGAUUCCGAGGGAUCCGUUCCUGGAACAGUCGCUAGCAUCUCGAUUUAUGGACGAUGACUUUGGAAUGCCGCCUUUCCACGACGAAUUAUCUAUGGACUGGCCCGGCUGGGCACGACCUCGACUGAGCGCCCGCAUGGACGCGCCGUGGACGGGCUCGUUGCGCACGGGCUUCCCGCGUACGAGCAUGGGCUCGCCGCAAGGCUUCAGUUCCAGGUACAGCGAGAGCCCGCGCCGAUCCAGCGCGCCCCCGACCAACCCAGACGAACCAUGGAAAGUGUGCGUGAACGUGCACAGCUUCAAACCUGAGGAGCUUAAUGUCAAAACUAAAGACGGUUUUGUAGAGGUGUCAGGGAAGCAUGAGGAAAAGCAAGACGAGGGUGGAAUUGUUACCAAAAACUUCACAAAGAAAAUUCAAAUCCCAUCCGAUGUGGACCCUCUCACUGUGUUCGCUUCUCUGUCUCCGGAAGGUGUUCUCAUCAUUGAAGCUCGGCAGACCCCUCCGUAUUACCUUUACAGUAAUGAAAUGCCUGCAGAACCCAUGGAAGAACCCGAGGCCAGACCUCAGGAUCCCAGCAUGGCUUCAGCCUAAACCAGGGAGUGGAUAUGGGCUUAUACACCCAUGGUAUUUAUUCCAAGCCAAUGCCAAAAUCUAGUUUAAUCAGUUUCAUAAAUUUACUUAAACCAAAAGUCAUUAAUCUGCUAGUGAGUAGUCUAUAAAUCAAAUGUCACUCUACAUGGUACAAGUUUGGAUCAAAUGCCAGUAGUUUGCAAUUACUAUGUCAAUGAAGAAAAAUGAAUGUGAUAGAGCUACCAGUCAAGUGACAAGGGAAAGGUACGAAAUGGAAUGAGACCAGGACGAAUUUCUGUGGUCAUAAUCAUACUCUACACAAGUAUCUUGAUUGGAAAGUAUGGGCAAACAUUGUAAUGGCAAGCCUCAAACCUCAAGGGGGCGAUAGAGCUCCCUUCAAAUAAAUUGUUUUUCAAAGUGUCAUUUUUUUUUAUAUCUUCUUGUGUUCUGUAAAAGAAUGAUUUGGAACAACAUAAUAGUGAGUAAACAAUCGCUGAACUUUAAUUUCAACUAUACAUUUAACUAACUUUCUAGCUUAAGUUAAGAUUCUUCUCAAACUGUUGCUCCAUCAUGUUAAAAUAGAGGACAACACUGGUAAUGCAAUUCAUGCUUGUAUUGCAACAUAAAUUAGUUUCAGACCCUUUCAUUUGUGAAACCAAGCUUGCUGAGCUAAAGUUUAUGUUCACAUACUUGUGUAGAGUCCGUUUUGGACUUUCUGUCCCUCAUAUAAACCUAAACUUGUUUUCACUCUGAAUUCAAAUGGAAGUGCUGUUAAAUCAUCUGAAUAUUUGUUACAAUGGACAAUGGGUCUUCUCUGAGAACUGGGCCUGAAUGCUGGAGCUCUUUCUCAAAAGCUGUUUAUGGUCUCCUCUUCUUUUUUUUCUUCUUAUAUUUGUGUUUUCUUUUUGUGUAGGGAUGUAAGCUAUGAAUUUUUAUAAUAAAUGGAAUUCACGAAAGAACGGCUUUUAUUUAUUACUCCUCUCUGCAAAUCUCUAAAGUUAAUAAAUGAACUGUAUUGCCGAUA